GUCUGCGUCUCUGUCCCAGUUUGCGUCUGAUCCAGUCUCUGUCUCCAUCCCAGUCUCUGUCCCCUUGAGAGGCUGCUGAAGGACUUUUGAGUCGUUCAACAGUCCGACCCGGCACCUGCAUCCUCUGAGGCUCCGCCAGGGCACCAGCACCUCCCGCAGCUCCACACCGACCGAGCGCCGAGCCUGAUGAUGGACAUGAAACUGGAGGUGUCCCUACCUGUGCUGCUGUGUGCCAUCUGUCUCCUCGUCCGGCUGUCGUCCUCUACCCCCCACCAGGAGUCAGCUUGCUUCUCCUCAGAUGACUCAAAGCUCCUCCAGGUGACCAUCCCCGCCGCCCCGCCUAUGGCCGCCGUGCUGGGCGGCUCUUUGACGUUACCCUGCCUGGUGUCUCUGGCGCACCCGCCGCCUUCCCCCUCCACCAACGGCCGCCACGCCGUGCUGUCCCUCCCGCGGGUCAAAUGGAGCGUGCUGACUCACGGCCGAGAGGCGGAGAUCCUGGUGGCGCGCGGCGACAGGGUGCGAGUCAGCGAGGCAUACAAGGACCGAGCCUCGCUGCUCCACUACGCCUCGUCCCCCGCCGACCUCACGCUGCGGCUGGAUAGCCUGAGGCAGAACGACACCGGCUUCUACCGCUGCGAGGUGCAGCAGGGCCUGGAGGACGCCGACGACGUGGCUCAGGUCAAAGUCAAAGGGGUGGUGUUUCAUUAUCGUGAUGCAUCCAGCCGCUACGCCUUCACCUAUGAGCGAGCCCGAGAGGCCUGCGAGGAGAUCGGGGCUCAGAUUGCCACUCCGGAGCAGCUCCAGGCUGCCUACCACAGCGGAUACGAGCAGUGUGACGCCGGCUGGCUCUCCGACCGCUCAGUGAGAUAUCCCAUCCAGAUGCCAAGAGAGGGCUGUUUUGGGGACAUGGAUGGAUUGCCGGGAGUGAGGAACUAUGGCCUGUUAGAGCCUGAUGAGCUGUAUGACGUCUACUGCUACGUGGAGAAUGUCGAUGGUGAGGUGUUCCAUGGCUCCGCCCUCCAGCGCUUCACCUUCUCGGAGGCCAAGGCCUACUGUCUGAGCCACGGGGCCGAGCUGGUCACCACGGCUCAGCUGUACGCAGCCUGGAGCGACGGACUGAACCUCUGCAGUCCGGGCUGGCUGGCAGACGGGAGCGUGCGCUACCCCAUCGUCACCCCCAGAGAGCGCUGUGGAGGCGGCGAACCCGGGGUCCGAACUGUCUAUCGCUACAGCAACCAGACGGGCUUCCCCGAGGUUCACACUCGACACGAUGUCUACUGCCUCAAAAGCAAUAACGGCGCUUACACAGAAUCUCCUCAGGAUUUCCUCGCCACUAAACCAGAGAACAUUGGCCAGGACAUUGUUUUCUUAACUAAUCCUGCGGAGGAGGAGUUCGGCCGGGGCGAGGCGGCGGCAAAGGGGGCCGAAGAGGUCCAACUUGCCCGCACGGCCAGUCCUGUACAGCAGAGCCACAUGGAGGCUCAGGCCAUCACUUUGAGUUAUGACAAGCAACCAUUCACGGUAGACAUUUCUGAGUCUGUCAAUCGUACAUCUGAGCAUCAAGAGCACUUGUCCACAGAGAACAGUACCUGGGAAGCCAUAGAAAAGGCCAGCCACACAGAGAACUAUCAGCCAGCAUCGGAAGGAAACCCAGACACAGAUCAUGACGAGUCUCACACGUUUCCAACAACUUCUCCAAAGGCAGAUGGCGUGGUAACAGUCGAUGAAGACUCCACUUCACCCGCAAAUGAUGCGACAAUUCCAGCGAGCGCAGAGCCCUCAGAGUAUCAUAUUUCUGUGACUGAAAGCCUGGGUACGACAGCUGUUAGUGCAACAUCUGGAGCUGAUGCAAACGAGCUCCUCAGCAGCUCUCCGGAAGUUCCUCAGGAGGGCGACCUUCCUGUUCUACAAGAGGACCACACUACAGAUGCUCACCUGGAUCUCACUUCUGAAGCCCAGCACGUCUACUCGAGCACAUCUAACGAGGUCUCUGGGCAGCCAGAAGAGGCCAGCGCUGGUUCUGCCGAGGAGAUAUCAGCGUUGACCUCUUCACCCCACACCGAGGAAACAGGUGUUUACUCCACCGCCCCGCUGCUGCCGUCUUUUGAUCACAGUACGCCUGAGAACCAUCAGGCAGAAGAGGAGUCUGGAGAGGGGAGUGUAAACCCUCUUCUUCUAGAUGAGGCAACACAAACCCCAGUGACUCAAAGUUUGGUUGGCAUGGACACCUCUGCCCCCUCUGAACUGGCCCCUAGGUCCGGUUCAGGUUAUGAUCACAUCGCAGAGCCCUCAGGUGUAGCUGUGGAGUCAUCCCCCCCGGUCCGGCAUGAUGACGAGGACUCCAGCAGCACUUCACAGGAGACCGUUUUAGACGAUCCGACCGACCACAGCGGACACGUUGACCCUGCAGAAACCCCGACAGCAGAGGCCUUCACAGUCACAGAGGACUCCAGUGUAAACGCCCCCGUCCUGAACAGUGAUCCCGUCACCUUGUUGACAUCGCCUGUGUCUGUAACCCCGUCUCUUCCUUCUGUGGAGGUUGAAGCCAGCGCCCCAGAGAUUACAACCUUCAUACCCGAAAGCAACACUCCAUCUGGGGCCGAAACUCUGUUCAAGAUCCAGUACAAAGUCGGACGGGAAGUAUUACGAGAAAGCCCAGAGGUAUUCUCCAACAAAACCCCAAAUAUCACAGACAGCAAUCCGGAGGGGAGGGAACAAGGUUCCGGAGAGGGAUUGGGGGGAUUGGGCGAAUCGUCAGGAGGAAGCUUAGAGUUGACAAAUCUGACUCUGUCAACAGACCACAAGUCUGCGGGAACGGACGGCGAGGAUGCCACUGAUGCCAGCUCCCCAGAGAUUAUAACCUUCAUACCCGAAAGCAACACUCCAUCUGGGGCUGAACCUCUGGUCGACAUCCAGGACAAUCUAGAAUGGGAGGUAUUACGAGAAAGCCCAGAGGUAUUCUCCAACAAAACCCCAAAUAUCACAGACAGGGACCCAGAGGAGAGGGAACAAGAUUCUGGAGAGGGAUCGGCUGAAUCGUCAGGAGGAAGCGCAGAGCUGACAAAUCCAACUCUGUCAACGGACCACACGUCUGCCGGAACGGACGGCGAGGAUGCCACUGAUGCACCUCAUCCAGCAGAUGUAAAAAUCACGCUGAUCCCUCAUGUGAGGGGCUGGGAACCAGAGGCUUCUUCUUCGUCCUCCACAGCGCAGGAGUCUCGCUCCGAUCUGGAGUACAGCGCAGAGCCUCCUGUGGCUGACGGAUCUGAAGACGUCUCUAAGGAGCCAGAAGUCAUGACUGAGAUCCCUACCAGAGGCAUCACUGAACGUGGAUCAUCAGAGGGAGGUGCGGGGGUGACCAGCACAGAGGAGCCUUCAGUUAAAGUAUGCACAUGGCACCCGGAUAAUGAGGAGGAACGCUCCGGUCCGACGCUCAGCAGCGACGGCAGUGACGCGACAAUCACCGCUCCCACCGUGUUCCCAGAGUACUCUGCCAUGGCUGCCCAUGUUUCUGCUGCAGGACCAGGAGAAAUUUCAGCUGCAGACUCCUGCCUGGACAACCCGUGUUUGAACGGAGGCACUUGUGUCGACGGGGAGUCACCGAGCUGCAUGUGCUUACCCGGUUACGGAGGAGACUUAUGCCAGAAAGACCUGGAGGUGUGUGAGCCCGGCUGGGAGAAGUUCCAGAGCUUCUGCUAUCAUCACUUUUCCAAGCGGCAGAGCUGGGAGGCGGCGGAGCAGCACUGCCGCUUGUGUGGCGGACAUCUUCUUUCCGUCAUGACCCCCGAGGAGCAGGACUACAUCAACGACAAAUACAAAGAAUAUCAGUGGAUUGGACUGAAUGACAGAACCAUCGAGGGAGACUUCCGCUGGUCGGACGGGAAUCCUCUGCUCUAUGAGAACUGGUUCAGAGGGCAGCCUGACAGCUACUUCCUGUCAGGCGAGGACUGUGCGGUGAUGGUGUGGCACGACGGCGGCCGCUGGAGUGACGUGCCGUGCAACUACCACCUCUCCUACACCUGCAAGAAGGGCGUCUCAUCGUGUGGCGAGCCCCCCAAAGCUCCCAACGCUAAGAUUUUUGGGAAGAAGCGGUUGCGUUACGAGACCAACACCAAGGUGCGGUACUACUGCGAGGAGGGCUUCGUGCAGAAACUGAACCCUGUAAUCAAGUGCCUGCCCGGCGGCCGAUGGGAGGAGCCCCUGAUCACCUGCAUCCCAACCCAUUCGAUGGAAGAAGACUCAGUGACCUCACUUCCUCUCCAGCACGAGGAGGUCACAGAGAAAGCAGCGCCGCGGUUCUUGGACAUUAAGUGGAACGUCUGAAGCCAUUCUGCCUUUUUUUCCCCUUCUUUUUCUUAAAAAAAAUAUUUCACCUCCUCUUUUCCCCAAUUUUCGUGUGUCUCAAAAGACUCUCCAGUCCAUUCCAGUAAGUUAAACUGUAGAAAUCUAAUCUUUCAUAUUAAAAUCAUCUCAAGGCCACAGUUCCUACAGUCAUGGAAAAAUCUGGAAAAACGUGCUUUAAUCCAAAUACUUGUUUUUCAGUAAAGUGAUGCAUGUCUUAAAGGUUAUGGGAGCUUAAUGUGAAUUUGGACAGUUGAUAAAAAAAAAUGGAAAACCUACCAUAAACCUGAAUGGCUUUUAAUUUAGAGAUCCUUGAAAAACAAUAGCACCCAAAAUAGCUUUCAUUUAAAGCAGUUAUAUCAAGAGAUAAUAGAGGAUCCUGCACACGGUUCAAACACUCAACAGUGGGCUUUUAUCAGCAGACGACCCUUUGAUUCAACAUCCAUCUUCCUUUUAUUCUUACUUUUUUUGUAAGGCCCUCUCUUAUCUCUUUUUCUUUCACACAGAAGGAAAAAUGUUAUGCAGGUUUUAUGUGAGACGAUAAUAUAAACGACCUGCAUAUGAAUGCAUAUGAAUCCUGACGUUUUCUUUAUCAACAUCAACAUCAGAAUACGUUAAUAUUUCAGAGACACUCGUUAAUAAUCCUGUUAAUGGAUCAGUCUGUAAUACCCUAAAUAAACCAAAUUAAAUAACAGUAUAUAGAUAGAGAUACUGUAUUUAUCCCGCAGGAAAUGAAAGUGUCCAAUAGCUUAUACACAACAUGCAUCCACAUAGGCACACAUACAUAUGACAUAUGACAUCCAAGCACACAUACUACAAAAAUACAAAGAAAUAGAUCAAUAGUGUGCCCUUACAGUAAAGUUUGGUUGUAGCAUGUUUAAAGGAGCGGUGUGGGGAAAAAAAUGCAGAAAGGUGCAAUGGUAAUCUAAGAGUUGCCAAGUCAAGAAAGUAACCAAAAGACGAAGAAAACACACAGAGACACGGAGCUACAUGGACAUGCUACUAAGGUCUAUUAAGGGAUCCAUUCAUAUUUAAAAACAAAUAUGAUUCUGUCCUUUGCAGCAUAUUUACAUUACUUACUCCAAUAAAGUUAACAGUUA